ACUCAGUGCAUAACAGAUUCUUUUUUCGUUUUGUAUUGCUGCUAUCCUAUUUUCAUAUCUUUAAUGACAUCUCUAAUUCGUUCCAAUUAAAGCAGCGCAGCUUGGGGUUGGUUCUAUGCGCUUGAGACACCCCUGGUAGACUCGAUUUGUUCCGAAGGAUGGCUGUUCUCCCAUGGAACUGGGCAAUAUGGCUUGCCAAUUUACUUAUUCCAGUAGCCAUUCUGGUCUUUUCAUCGGGAUUCUUUCCAUAUAAACCAUUGCUUCCAGGGUUAGCGACAUUUGAGGAGGCCAAUGGCAGUAGUAGGCCACCCGCAAUAUUUGAUAAAGUCAUCUUCAUGGUGGUGGAUGCAUUGCGCAGCGAUUUUGCCUUUUCUAGUAAUUCGGGAUUUGCCUUUGCCCAAAGCUUGAUUCGAUCUGGUGCCGCGCUCCCAUUUACCGCUCAUGCGAGCUCUCCAACGGUCACAAUGCCUCGGUUGAAGGCUAUAACAACAGGAUCGGUCCCGUCGUUUCUAGACGUAAUCCUGAAUAUCGCCGAGUCCGAUACAUCCUCUACUCUCGCCUACCAAGACACGUGGCUCGCUCAGCUAAAAGCACGAGAUAAUAGGCUCGUUAUGUAUGGCGACGACACCUGGCUCAAGCUUUUUCCUGGGAUGUUUGAUAGGGCUGAUGGGACCACAAGUUUCUUUGUGUCGGAUUUUACCGAAGUUGAUAACAAUGUGACACGCCAUAUUCCCGAAGAGCUUCAACAUAGUGACUGGUCCGCACUCAUUAUGCAUUACCUAGGACUGGAUCAUAUUGGGCAUAAGGCAGGACCCAAAAGUCCAUACAUGAUGUCAAAGCAAGAGGAGAUGGAUUCCAUCGUCUCCCAGGUAUAUUCAGCCAUGGAACAGGAAGAGCAUCUCCAGUCAACUCUUUUCGUUCUGUGCGGGGAUCACGGUAUGAAUGAUGCCGGUAACCAUGGUGGUUCAUCCGCUGGUGAAACUUCAGCAGCCUUACUUUUCGUGUCUCCAAAAUUCAAAUCUAGGGAAGUUCAGAAAGAAAGCCCCGUGGAAGCGACCAACGAACUGCAAUACUAUCGUACCGUCGAGCAGACGGACAUUACACCGACUUUGGCUGGGCUCCUUGGAUUGCCUAUUCCAUUGAAUAGUUUGGGAGUUUUCAUCCCGGAACUACUGGUAAUGUGGGAUCAUGAACCACAUACGGACGAUGUGUCCGCUUCUAUUCAGGCAGUUCUUUUGCGCUUUUUGAGGAUCUCCCAAAAUGUGAUGAGCAGCACCGCCGGAAAUUACGAUGUCAAAAGACUCUAUCUAGGUAUUUCUAUCACAGGCAUUGCUGCUCUGCUUUCCUUCCCUGCGACAUACAAAUUGCUAGCGAGAUCCCAUCAUCCAGGAUCAUUCCUCUUGUUCAGUAUUUUCGGUUAUGGCGCUAUGAUGUUUGCUAGUAGCUAUGUGGAGGAAGAGCAACAGUUUUGGUAUUGGAUCUUCACUGGAUGGAUAUUUUACCUACACAUUAUCAUAUCUCCUCCCGAUACGGACUACCUUGAUCAAUUGAUUCCUUCGAUCCGAGAAUAUAGUGUCGGGAAUCGCACGCCCCAACUUCUACAAUCGCUGGCCAAGUUUGCCAAUGAUAAGGAAGCUGAAAUCGAGACUAUAUGUAACACCAAUCAUCAAGAGUUUGUCACUUCCGUUAACCAGCUUCUCCGCAUACGGGAAGGGACUGUGAGCCUGACGGCCGAGAUUCUGGACCUGAAUCAGUCGAUCCAAACCAGUACGGAGCGGCUAGCCGAGCAGAAGAAGGCAUUGGUUGAAUCACGGAGUCAUCGUCAAAACAUUGAUGAGACUUCUCAUGCCAUACAAGAUUGCCUAGAGGUAUUACGCCUCGCGAAUCAAGUUCAUGACUUGCUUGCCAAGAAGAAUCACUAUGCAGCUCUACGUGCCAUUGAGGAAUUGCAGAAUGUACACCUCAAAGGAGUUACUCAGUAUAAAAUUGCAGAAAUGAUCCAGCGUUCAGUGCCGACGACGCAGAGAGCGAUAGCCGAAGCAGUCAUGUCUGACUUGAAUACUUGGCUCUAUCGGAUUCGUGAGAUGUCGCAGUACCUGGGCGAAAUAGCGCUAUACCACACGGAUUUGCGGAAAUCUAGGCAAAAAGAGAGAGCGCAGAAAAUUCCAUACUUGGGAAAUUUCAAACUGAACUCAGCUAUCGAGUUAGUAUCUGACGAGGAUGAAGAAUAUGACUUGCUGCAGAAUGAUGAACUUCAAGUGGAUUUUACACCACUCUUUGAAUGCUUGCACAUCCACCAGUCACUUGGACACAUGGAUAAGUUCAGACUUGAAUACGCAAACACACGUCGGCGACAAAAGGAACUUUUGAUCCCAUCAUCAAUAACCCUAAUCGACGAAGAUGGGGCCGGUCUACACAAUUUCCUUGAGGAGAUAGUAGGUUUUGCGAUUGUGGAACGGUCUACUAUGAAAAGGGUCGGUGAGCUCUGGGAUUCAAUGUGCCAAACCGCUGUCAGUUUGAUAUCGAAGGCGCUCUAUGAAGUUGACAAUGCUGAGAGUCUACUAAAAAUAAAAAACCUCAUCGCAUUAUUCAUGCAAACAAUGAACACUUGGGAGUUUCCAGUCGGGAUCUUCGAUGGAUUCUUGUUGACCCUUUUUGAAAAAUAUGCCGAGCUUCUCAAGAAGAGAUUCAGCGACGAUUUCCAGGAGAUCGUAUCUACGGAUGAUUACAUGCCUAUGCCAAUACAGAGCUCGGAGGAAUAUGCCAAAGUCCUCAAUGUUAGCUGGUAUAACCCCGAAAAACCACAGGAAGAGCAAGUAUUUCCAUGCGUUUUACCAUUCUCUCAAAUGUAUCCGCUCUGUUGCAUCGAUAUUCGUAAUUUCCUGAAUCAGUUUUAUUUUUUCGCGAAUGAUGAUUUCUCUCAUCCAAAUGUCAUCGACGAUACGUUGAAAGAUGCCCUGGAUGAACUUCUAUCGAACAAAGUAUGCGACACACUUGUUGAGCGUCUCGCUUCCCAGUAUUUGGGUCAGAUUGUUCAAAUUCUCAUAAAUCUAGAGCAUUUUGAACUGGCCUGUCAUGAACUUGAGUCGCUGCUUGCUGCUGCGAGGUCACAAAACUCUGCUGGCGGAUCAAUCGCUUUGAGAGCGACGGAAAAGUUUAGAACAAACAAGAAAGCCGCAGAAAAGCGUAUAUUCGAGGUCGUCAAUUCUAAGAUCGAUGAUCUCAUUGAGACCGCAGAAUACGAGUGGAUGGCACCUGUACCUCCUACGGAGCCCAGCAACUUCAUGCAAACCCUGACCCGGUUUCUAUCUAAUAUAAUGAACUCGACAUUACUCGGGCUACCAACAGAAAUCAAGGAAUUGAUUUAUUUUGAUGCUCUGAGUCAUGCUGCAAAUAUGAUUCUAGCACAACCCCUCUCAUCAGACGUGAAAAAGAUCAAUCCUAAUGGCGUCAUGGCUCUCGCAAAGGACGUUGAAUAUCUCACUGAGUUUGUUGACAGCCUUGGGGUCCCUAUUCUACGGGAGAAUCUUGAUGAGCUACAGCAAACGGUACAGUUGAUGCAAGCGGACAAUACGGACGAAUUCUAUGACAUAUCCACGAGGAACAAAAAAUAUGGCCGUGUGGAUGCAUUGAAUGGCCCUGUCUUACUAGAAAAGCUCACACGCACAGUCCAAAGCCCCAUGAAAACCGAUAAAUUCUCAACACUCUCAUCAAGAUUCGGAAAGAAGUCCUGA